AUGUCUUCCUUCUUCUGGACCAUGUUUUACUCCCCAGACCAAGGUAAUGAGUUUGAAGAGUACAUACAAAACGAUAAUCUGGAGGCUAUUCUUCUCCAUGAAAAGCUGCAGAACGAGCUUCAGCAAACUUCGAAUGCCCUUCAUGCGUAUCUCUCAAAAAUUGAUACCAUUUCCAAGCUCAUUGCGUAUGCCUACGACCCGGAUGAGAGCAAGAAAAACCUCUCUUCUGCUGCUAACGACGUCUUCGUUGCCGAUAUCUCCAUACUCCUGGACGCCAUCACGUCUAAUGUUUCGCUAAUGAAUAGUCUCUUUAUGGCUCUCAGACCGUACAAUGUAGAGCUUGGUCGCUACCUCACCACGGAGGAGCUGGAGGCUACAAUGGUAGAGGAGGUCCCAGCUGGGAGCAACAACGGCGUAGGAACCGGGCAGAAGGGGCUUCCGGCGAAAUAUCUGCAACGGCGCAUACCCCUGCAUGUUGCUGAAAACUUCUGCCGCUUGAUAAUCAUGCUCGUCCGCUCCCCUGUUCGGUUAAAGAAGUUGCAGCAGCACAUUCUUUCGAACACAUACAUUCUCACCCUGUUCUGUCAGGUAAUCUGCUCUGCGCCCUCUACAGAGGCCAUUCAUUACUUGAUAGUCGGAAAGGACAGAGCCAGCGAGUCUGUACACCUUCAGACGGAAAUAGUGCUUCAGAGCGGCAUAAUUCAGUCCAUGUUUAUGCUGUUCCUUUCCAAUGCCCCCUUCGACUCUCUCAUGCACGCAUCAUUCAUUAUUUGCUCCCUGUUGGCUAACGGCUGCACAAGCCCCGUGAGAAAUCUUAUUCUGGAGAAUCUUCCAGAGCUCGUCAAGAAUACGCUCAAUCCGCGAUCUCAUCCUGGCACUGUGCGCACUCUUCUCCAGAUCACCGUCUCGGGCUUUCGUGAGGCGAUACGCUUUGGCAUACUUUCAGAGAAAGAGGAAGAGAGCCGCUAUUACGCCAACGUAGUUGACAAUCUGAUCAAGGCCUGCAUCCCCGGCUUCACGGAAAUUCUCUCACUUCAGCCCUCUAUCUCAAAGCCUCCCCCGGGCUCUCCUCCUCACAUGCUAUUCCAGGUGCCCCUUGUUACCCAAGAGGCGACCAACGCAGGGAUGGCGAUUCUCUUGAAGCAACACGUUAUUAGCGCGCUUGCUGAACUUCUGCGUCUCAGCGAGAUCAACAAAGAGUCCAUCAAGGAGAAGGAGGAGCGCACGCUCCAGACCACGUUUAGGCCUGAUGUGGCGGUUGAGUUCAUUGAGGAGUACUACAAAGCAAAGGCUCGUGGGGAUGGCAGCGCUAAGCCCUUACUCCCCUUCACAAUAGGCCUUUCAUACAUCUUUCAGGAUGUCUAUACGCAUCUGACAGCGACGUGCAAGUACAAUUUUACCUCGAAUGUCGCCCAGGUUUGCAUGGAGGCCAACAAAGCCAUAUCUGGUGGCAACGCAGCGAUGAAGAAGACUAUAGGUAUUCAACACACACUGGGACCGGAUGGAGAGAUUAUCUAUGGGUCGAGUGCGUACCUGACUCUUCUGCUCUUAGAGAGCGGGAUCCCGUCUAUGGCGAUGAGGGAGAUGCUAGCGUCUCCCGAGCAGGCCGUUGUCCACCACCCUUGCAGUGUUGUGGCCACUCAGGUCCUUGAGUUCCUCGACUUCGCCCCGAAGAUCUCGCUCUACCUCUUUGACGCCAAGUUCUUCAGCGAUUGCAAGCAGGCGCUGGUAAAUGAGGACUCAAUGCCAGAUGCGAGUCAGGAGAGGAUAACUGCUGCAUGUCAAGCAAGGCUUAUGAAGCAGACCCGACGAACAUCACUCGAUGCACACGUGGCUGCCAUUUUGAGCCAACUGGGGCGUGCAGCCUACGGGUUUAAGGUCGUGGACACAACAAUUCCUCCAUUCCAAGAGCUCAAGUCUAUCGUGGAUAGUAAUGCAGAUGCCAAGUUCCUAGCGUCUAUUCUCGAAGUUAAGGAGUUCUUGAAUUUCCAUUAA